AAGCAUACCUCUUUAGAUUACGAAUGUAAGAAGUGAAAUGUAAAUUGAAUCUGUCAGGCUGUCUCCCGCAAGUAACAAUGGUUUAAACACUCGUCUUCUACACCAGCAAAUCGCGUAGAAUCAAACAGUGACUCCACAAGUGGUCCAGCAGAUAAGGAAGGCAUUGUUGUGCGCCAGCACUGCUCUCCCCCAGCUGAAUGUGCCGCUGUAUUAACCGACACCGGUCGAUAGUUGUGUAAAGGAAUGGAAGUUCAGGAGGGACAGGAGUGUCCACGCUCCCAGAUCCUGAGGUAGAAGAAGCCGGGAUCAGAUGGCUCGGUGUCCCUGAGCGGCAGCGACGCAUUUCCUGAUUUCAAAUUGCAGGGCACCUCAGAAAGGGAUCAUUUGAAAUAUGAGCUGCAGUUUGAAAGAUUAACCAGAGAGCUGGAGGCGGAGCGUCAGAUUGUCGCCAGCCAAUUGGAGCGAUGCAAACUGGGAUCCGAUACGGGCAGCAUGAGCAGCAUUAGUUCGACAGAGGAUUCCUUUCGCUGGCACAUACAAGAUGCACAGAAAAGUGCAGACGAUGAAAUUGCCAGUGGCUUGGAGCUGGUAGAUUCCUGCCUCAGAUCCCUGCAAGAAUCGGGUAUACUGGACCAUCGUGAAUACUCUUCAAGUGAAGGGCCCAGUCUCCUCUCCCAGAGUGCCUCACAGAUCAAUGCCAACCCUGAAGGAUCAUACCAGUACUCGGGCAGUUACCAUAGCAACCAGACCCUCUCACGUGGUGACUCAACUACAUCACAACUCUCUGGGAGGAUCUCGAGUGGUCAGGUUGGAGCGGGUGUCAGCAUCCAUAGCUAUGGGCAGGCUAACCGGGCUGGUGACAGCAGUCGUACAUCAGGAUCUGAAUCCUCCCCAUCUCACUCUGCACCGCAGUCGAGGGACACCUUUGUGCCGAGUCACGGCAGCGCUUUCCGCCUGCCGGAAGCGCAGCAUCCAUCUUCAGUCUACUACGUCAGUGCCACGCUGCCUGCUCAGAGAGUGAGCUCACCCAUGUCCCUGCAGCGGACAGGCUCGCCACCCAAGCUCCAGCGGGCAGGCUCAGCUGCCGAGAGUGGCAUCUACACCACCCAGCGGCUGGCCUCCCCAAAGCAGACGGCCUCUCCCAGCCGCCUGUCCAAGUCGUACAGCACCAGUUCGCCGGUCAACAUCGCAGCGUCCUCAGCUGCCCUCUCCCCCUCACCCCCAGCCAAUGCAGUGACCUCGCCCGCACACCAGCCCAGCUCGGCCCAGCCCAGCUACGCCACACUCUCGCCCACCAAACGCCUCACCCACACGUCCGAUCCAUACAGCAAGCACCCGCAGGAGCUGUACGAGCGGAGUACCUUACAGAGGCCUGGCAGCCUAGCAGCCACCUCCCGGGCCUCCUACAGCAGCCAGCACAGCCACCUGGGUCCAGACCUGCGCCCGCUGCAGUCUCCAGAGCACCACAUUGACCCAAUAUACGAGGACAGAGUUUAUCAAAAGCCCCCUUUGAGGAGUCUCAGUCAAAGUCAAGGAGACCCUCUGCAGACAUCUCUAACUGGGACUUAUCGCACGAGUACAGCCCCGUCUUCCCCUGCUGUUGACUCCGUACCCUUGCAGCGCACGGGCAGCCAGAACACAGCAACCUACCAGAGGCCCAGCUAUGCCACCGGCCCGGCAGCCAAUUAUGGGGACCCUUACCGGACACUCCAGUAUUGUCCCUCAGUGGAAUCGCCAUACAGCAAGUCUGGGCCAGCCAUCCCACCCGAGGGCACCUUGGCACGAUCACCUUCCAUCGACAGCAUUCAGAAGGAUCCCAGAGUUCAGCAAAGCAGCAUACCCUGCAGGAAGUGGCGGUCAGGCCCAACCCAGCGUGCAGUACCUGAAACACCUGGGAACAGAUGUGGGAGAAGAUGGCACACAGUAAGGAAGCCGCCAAGGGAGUUUGGCUGGCGGGAUCCUGAGCUGCCAGAGGUCAUUCAGAUGUUGCAACAUCAGUUCCCUUCAGUGCAAUCCAAUGCAGCAGCCUAUCUCCAGCACCUGUGCUUCGGAGACAAUAAGAUCAAGGCAGAGAUAAGAAGACAAGGUGGAAUCCAGUUGUUGGUAGACCUUUUGGACCAUCGGAUGCAAGAAGUUCAUCGCAGUGCCUGUGGAGCCCUGAGGAACCUGGUGUAUGGAAAGGCAAAUGACGACAACAAAAUUGCCUUGAAAAACUGUGGUGGGAUCCCAGCACUGGUGCGACUGCUUCGGAAGACUCCUGAUGUGGAGAUCAGGGAGCUGGUUACAGGUGUCCUGUGGAACCUGUCGUCAUGUGAUGCACUAAAGAUGCCAAUUAUCCAGGACGCCCUUGUUGUGCUCACCAAUGCAAUCAUCAUUCCACACUCUGGCUGGGAUAUCUCACCUCACCAGGAAGACCGGAAAAUUCAACUCCACACAUCAAUGGUUCUGCGGAAUGCCACCGGGUGUCUCAGGAACGUGAGUUCAGCUGGCGAGGAAGCCCGAAGAAGGAUGAGAGAAUGCGAUGGUCUCACUGAUGCUUUGUUGUUUGUGAUUCAGUCGGCUCUGGGGAGCAGUGAGAUUGACAGCAAGACGAUUGAGAAUUGUGUCUGUAUCCUGAGGAACCUUUCCUAUCGGCUGGCCGCAGAGACAGGCCAGGGACAGCAGAUGGGAACAGACGAGUUUGACGGACUACUGUGCAGUGACAGCAAUGGCAAGGAUAGUGAGAGCUCCAGUUGUUGGGGCAAGAAGAAGAAGAAAAAGAAGGGCCAGAACCAGUGGGAUGGUGUUGGACCUCUCCCAGAGGCAACAGAUCCACCAAAGGGUAUACAGCUCCUGUGGCAUCCCUCUAUAGUCAAACCCUACCUCACACUUUUGUCAGAAUGCUCGAAUCCGGAUACACUUGAAGGAGCGGCGGGAGCCUUACAAAACCUGGCUGCGGGGAGCUGGAAGUGGUCCAUUUACAUUCGUGCUGCUGUACGCAAGGAGAAGGGUUUGCCCAUUCUUGUGGAGCUACUGCGCAUAGACAAUGACCGGGUGGUUUGUGCUGUCGCCACUGCAUUGCGGAACAUGGCCUUGGAUGUCAGAAACAAGGAGCUCAUAGGGAAAUAUGCCAUGCGAGAUCUUGUUCACCGUCUUCCUGGAGGCAGCAGCAACACCGGUACUGGGAGCAGCACCAUUAGCAAAACCAUUUCUGAUGAGACAAUUACUGCCAUUUGCUGUGCUUUGCAUGAAGUCAUUACCAAAAACAUGGAGAAUGCCAAGGCUUUGAGAGACUCUGGAGGGAUUGAGAAGCUCAUCGGCAUCGCCAAAAGUAAAGGAGACAAACACUCACCCAAGGUGGUGAAGGCAGCAUCUCAGGUCCUGAACAGCAUGUGGCAAUAUCGAGAUCUGAGGAGUCUUUACAAGAAGUCUAAUUGGCAAGAUGGAGGUCCAUCAGGAGGGAAGCCAACUGCACAAGGCCCCAGCCAAGGAGAACAGGAUGGAUGGUCACAGUAUCAUUUUGUGGCCUCGUCUUCUACAAUAGAGCGGGACAGGCAGAGACCCUACUCUUCUUCACGCACACCUUCCAUAUCACCGGUCAGGAUGUCCCCGAACAAUCGCUCAGCAAGCGCCCCAGCUUCACCUCGAGAGAUGAUCAACUUAAAAGAAAGAAAGUCUGACUAUGACACAACCGGGACCAACUCUAGCUACCAUGCGAGUAAAGGAGAACAUACCUCUAGAAAAGAUACUGUUCCAGCUCAGCUCUCUGUAGUGGCUGGAUCAGGCUAUAGGAAUUCCUACGCUACUCCCGUUGAGGCUAUCAAGCACAACCAGGUUUCAUCGCAACCUGUUGCACAGGAACCCAGUAGGAAAGACUAUGACACUUAUCAAACCUAUCAAAACUCUACUGGAAAUUACGAUGACUCUUUCUUUGAAGAUCAGGUGCACAGUCGCCCAGCAACCAGUGAAUACAACAUGCAUCUCGGCCUGAAGUCAACAGGCAAUUAUGUUGAUUUCUAUUCUGCCGCGCGUCCCUAUAGUGAGUUAAACUACGAGACAAGCCACUAUCCAGCCUCACCCGAUUCUUGGGUCUAAGCAGAGGUGGCAGAUACACAAGAAAAAACAAGACCCUGGGAACUGUGCAUGUGCAUGAAUAUCACAAGACAUUUUUCAGCAAGUCUUAAAUUGUCAGAGGUCUGUUCCAUAGGACAGUCAUUGGGUAAAACGUUGUAGAUGGUGGUCGGAUGGAUAAGUACUGAGAGAAAUGCAAGUGACAUUCAGCUCAUAUGAAGGAAAUGGAAGAUUUGCUCACCAGAGAGCAGGAGUUGGGGGUGCGGUUGGAUAGGACUAGAAGUUCAUGAUGUGUAUACAAAAAAAGAGGGUGGUUGGGGAGGGAAGGGGAGUACUAUUAAUCAUGCAAAGAAAAUGGUAUUGUGGAUGGCAAUGAAAGUGGUUAAAAGUAAGAAGAGGGAAAUGGGAAAGGCCAUGUCAAAGGUCAAGCACAAGAGCCUGAAUGUGUUUACACUUGUUACAGGGACAGUCUAUCACCUCUUGAAGACAAACAUUUUCGUGUGUCACAGCUUGUAGUUUUCAGUCGGGUUUUCUUCUGUACAGCAAGACUAUUUCUCUCGCCACCUUCCUGGGUUCUUUUUCUUUUUCAUUUUAAUGCUUUGUUGUGAAGUAUUGGAUGUACAUUACUGAUCAAUGAGAGCAUUGUGUCCAUUACAGCAAUGCCAAAGUACUCCUUCCGUCUCUUGUUCUUAAUACUAUUUUAAUUACAAACAACAAAAGUGUAAGCGAGUUUGAGCAGAUGUGUGAAUUUCCAAGCUUUCUUUUUUAUGAAGUAACUAACUGAAGGAAGUAUUUAGCAGUAUUGUUUGUUCUGGUAUGUGGAUUUGUUUGUGUGGUCACUAACUGAAAACCUCAUUGGUCGCUUAUAUUACGAGCAUCAUUCCACACGCUCAUUUGAUGAGACGCGCUCUCUGUCUCUCUCUCUCUCUCUUUCACUGCCUAAAGUUUUAGAUGUAGAUAUUUGAAGACAAUUUUUCAUUUAUACCAGUUUUGUUUAUGACAAUACAGUGUUAACAGUAAAUAAAUGAAGUUGUCAUCCAUGUUUGUAAAAAAUAUCGAGGAAAAAAAGAAAAAGUUUUUUUUCCCAUGUUUCUUUCUCUUGAUACAAAAUCAACAAUAGUUCCAAUGUGCCAUAAAGUCUGUUUGUGUGAAUCUGCAGUAUCCUUUUUCAGGCCUAAAGCAUACUGAAUUUUAAAACUCAGAUAGGUGGGUCAAAGGUAAUGUUAACCUGAUUUAUCAGGUGGAAGACCUAUAUGAUCAGGUGGAACACUGGUUUUACACCCCACUUAUUAUUGUUCACCUUUGAAUUUUUUUUAAACACUCCAUAAAAACUAUAUUGAACUUAAUACCCAGCCCACUGUCAUGUAAGUACUUUAAUCAAAGUAAAUCAAAAUAUAGGGGUGGAAUUCGGUGCAAAAUCAUUGUAGAACUUAAUCUCAUGGGUUUCUAAGUGGGCAGCUUUGGUUAAAGUGAACUUUUCACUUCAAGCCUUCAAUGAGCGUGUGUUGUCUGUGUCCAAACCAUAGAGCUCCUGGUCUUACUUAGGAUACAUUUAAGUCAUUUUACAACACAGCUGCAAUUGACGUACAGACUCAUGGAUUUUAUUGCGUUUAACAUACUGCACUGCAUUCCAUGGAAACUGGAACCUUUUUUCAAAGAACUGCAUUGUAUAUCAAGAUACACUGAAGGGUGGCUUACUGUAAGGUAUCCUCUAUUUAGCUGUGAUUUAAAGUUACCUGUGUAGGCAAACAUAAAAGGGAUACUGCCCUCUUUAAAAUAACUUUGUUUUUGAGAAUAGUGCAGCAGUACUCAUUGGUGCCAAAUGAGAAGUAAACAAGAUGCUUCAAAUUCUAAUUGUAGGAAAUAAAAUACUCUGAAAAUCGAUGGGUAGCUGAUUGUCCUGCUGACAGUUUGUAGAUGUAGAUAGACAAGAUUUAAAUUUGUUAAAUGCUUUUUACAGUGUGUUUUGUCAACGAUGAAAAAAGGGUAAACAGCAUACUGGGCUAUAUGGAGAUUAUAUAGCCUUUAAACUGCAGUCUUGAAAGAAACUGGGUAAUGUGAUUAAAAAAUAAAAUGAUGCUAUUAAAAUUUAAAAACUGUUCAAAUAAGUUUCUUUAACUAAUGCAAUGAAGUCAAAUGUCCUAGCAUUCCCCAUGCAUCAACUUUUAAAUUUUUCACAGAAUGGUGCAAUCAAUUCCACCCGAAUUUAUCUGUAAAGUUGAGGUGGGGGUGGGGGAGGUCACAGCACUUUGGAUUGCAAAACUAAAUAUUGUAGGAUCAUCCACUGAAUUCCCAUGUACAGUUCAUGAUUCUGCUAGCAAUUCACCUGCAAAACAACAAAGCACUGUAAUGGAUUAUGGAUUUUCUAACACAAGUUACCAACAAGUAUAAACUUUCUUCUGUCUUUAAAGCAAGUUUUUCAUGCACGCAAACCUGGCAUAUACAUUCAGUGGCCACUUUAUUAUGCAAAUAUCUAACCAGUCAAUCAUGUGGCAGCAACUCAAUGCAUACAAGCAGGCAGACAUGAUCAGUUGUUCAGACCAAACAUCAGAAUGGGAAAGAAAUGUGAUCUAGAUGACCUUGACAGUGGAAUGACUGUUGGUACUAGAUGGGGUGCUUUGAGUAUCCCAGAAACUGAUCUCCUGGAAUAUUCACACACACAAAUCUAGUGUGUACAGAGAAUGGUGCAAAAAAAACCCAAAAAUCAUCCAGUGGGUAGCAGGUCAGUGGGCAAAAAACACCUUGUUAAUCAGAGAGGUCAGAGGAGAAUGUCCAGAUGACAGAAAGUCAACGGUAACUCAAAUAACCACACGUUACAACAGUGGCAUGCAGAACAGCAUCUCUGAACGCACAACAUGUCGAACCUUCGAGUGGAUAGGCUACAACAAUGGAAGAUCACACGGGGUUACACUCCUGUACCUAAUAAAGUAUGCACGGAGUGUAUGUCAGCCAAAUAAUUGAGCAUGCCAACAGUCACCAAGUUAUACCUAUUUCUGAUUCUUCUAGGAAGCACCACAAAUUAAACAUUUUUGGGAGCAAAUGUUGACGCAGGAUACUAACAAGUAUA